AUGGUAAUAAAAUCAAAUUCAUGCGAUCAGGUUUCUUUGUUACGUCCUUUUGUUUCUUUAAAUUGUUAUUUCUUUCUCAAUUUAAAUGUUUCUUUCUUUGAUUCACUGCAUUAUUCCUUCUUUGUUUACUUGCGUUUUUCUUUCUUUGUUUCUUUACAUUGUUCUCUUGUUUCUCUACGUUGUCCUUUGUUUCUUUUUUCUUUUCUUUCUUUAUUUCUAUUUCUGCAUUGUUCUCUCUUUAUUUUUGGCGUUGUUUCUUUUUUGUUCUUUCGAGUUGUUCUUUGUUUGUUUGGUUUCUUUUUAUUGCUCCAGUCUGUUUCUUUGUGUUGUUCUUUUUUUGUUUCCUUGCAUUGUUCGUUCUUUCAUUCCUCGCAUUGUCCAUACGUUGUUUCCUUUCCUUGUUCGUUCUUUGUUUAUUUUCCUUGUUUGAUCAUUGUUCUUUUUUCUUGUUCGUUCUUCGUUUCUUUACAUUGUUCGUUCUUUGUUUCCUUUCAUUUUUCUUUCUUUGUUUCUUUACAUUGUUCGUUAUUUGUUUCCUUUCAUUGUUCGUUCUUUGUUUCCUUUCACUGUUCGUUCUUUGUUUCUUUACAUUGUUCGUUCUUUGUUUCCUUUCAUUGUUCGUUCUUCGUUUCUUUACAUUGUUCGUUCUUCGUUUCUUUACAUUGUUCGUUCUUUGUUUCCUUUCAUUGUACGUUCUUUGUUUCUUGA